AUGGCGGGGUACGUUUAUGCGCCGUAUAACGCUUAUCAGGGUUACGGGACAAGCUACAGCCAGAACCCGCCGGCCCCGCAGCCACCUGUUAAAAACAAGCCAGCUGCAUGGAAGCAAGGAAAGGUCUCCGACCCAGUGGACUAUCUAGACAACUACCAGCGGGCUCAACUCAAGGCUAUACUGGCCCAGGUAAACCCCAGUCUGACGCCACGGCUCCGUAAAGCCAACACUAAGGAGGUCGGUGUGCAGGUAAACCCACGUGUGGAUGCCGGGGUGCAGUGCUCAUUAGGCCCUCGUACUCUACGCCGACCCCAGCCUGUUGCAGACUUAGUAAAGCAGCCAGUGGACCCAGAACGCUUCUCCCGCCCUGUGGCUGUCUAUUCACCAGUGGUUGAUAAAAAGCUCUUCUGCCUUCCGCAGGGCGGGCAUCUACCUAAAGCAGGCCAGGCUGUCCCGGAGCAGCCAUUGCUAGUGGAGGAAGAGCCCGCCCCGGAGCAUAAGGACAAGAAGGAAGAGGAACCGACUGAGGGCACCAAUGAGUUAAAGGAGACCAAGGAGGCGCUUAAGAGAUCAGCUUUUCAGUUCCUGGAACAGAAAUAUGGCUACUUUCAUUGCAAAGACUGCAAAACACGAUGGGAGAGUGCCUAUGUUUGGUGCAUUUCUGGUUCUAAUAAGGUGUAUUUUAAGCAACUCUGCCGUAAAUGCCAGAAGGGAUUUAAUCCUUAUAGGGUUGAACAAAUUCAAUGCCAGGUCUGUUCAAAGACUCGUUGCUCAUGCCCCCAAAAGAAAAGGCACAUAGACCUGAAGAGGCCUCACCGUCAAGAACUCUGUGGCCGCUGCAAAAACAAGAGGCUAGCAUGUGACAACACCUACAGCUUUAAAUACUUAGUCUGAUGUAGGACCAGGUCUACUAAAGCACUUUCAAAAUGAAUGCAUUGCACUUUGUUAAUGGUAUUUCCUUGCACUGACUAUCAUGGUUUGACCCGGCUUUGGAGAAAGGAUUAAGUUGUAUCUGUUUUUUGUAAAAGGGCACUAUUUGUAUACUUUGUAAAUAAAGAUUAUUUAAAGAUG